AUGUCUACCACCAACAUUGAGCAAAUCCUCAAUGAAGCUCAAAAAAAAAUAAAUUUAAAACAGUAUAAGGAGGCCUUAAAAACACUGAAACCGUUGAAAAAAAAAUAUUUAGCUUCUAAUAGCAAUGCAAAUAGUAAUUCACAACAUGUUCUAUCUAUAUUACCGCUUUUUGCCACAUGUUAUUUGGAAACCGACAAUAUUGAAAAAGCUUAUCCUAUUUUACUUCGCUGUUGUGAAUUAGAUCCAGAUGGAGUAAAAAACGGAUGUGAAUCUUUUUUAACUCUAGGCCAAAUAAUGGGAGGUGAAUUGGGUUUAAAAUAUUUAACAAAGGGUGUAGAAAUUGCCAAUAAUCAAAAAGAAGUACCUAAAGUUGUAAAUGGUAUUUUAGCAAUGAUUGAAGUCUGGAUGACAGAUCUGUGUAUGGAACCUAAUGCUGAGCAAGAAUGUGAAGGCUUGAUUAAUAAAGCAAUGGAGAUUAGCCAAGGUGAAUCACCAGAGGUUUGGAGUGUGUUAGGAUCUAUAAGAAUUUCACAGCAAAGAUUUAACGAGGCUGCAGAAUGUUUUGUUAAAAGUUGGAAAUAUUUUCAAACGGAAAAAUUAAAACUAGAGGAAAACUUAUCAAACCAAACAAUUGAUCAUGAUCAAUAUAUUGGAUUAGUACAACCUUUGUUAAACUGUAGUAAAAUGUGUAUAGAAAUGGGGUUGUAUGAAACAAGCAUAGAAAUUUUAAGUGCAGUUAAAGAUAUUGACGAAGAUAAUUUGGAAGCUUUAUAUUUAGAAGGCUUUACUAAUUAUUUAAUGGCCAAAGUUAAACAACAAGUUUUUAAUAACGGAUUAAGUGUUCAAACUCCAGAAGAUUUUUACAAAUUUAAUGCACAUAUACAAGAUUGUAAGUUAAAUGUUGACGAUACAAAUAUUGAUAUUCAAGAUUUCAUAUAUGAUUCUAGAGUUGCAUUAAGCUUUACACUAAAAAUAGGAGAGAACAUAGCAGAUCCAGAAGAUACCAUAGCUCAAGAAAUUGUUCAAGGUGCGCAAGAGCUAUUGUUUGGCGAAUUGGGCGGUCCAAUAGAUGACUCUGAAUUAAUAAAAAUCAAAAAGGGCGUUGAAGUCGAUGUUAACGAGGACAUCGAAAUUGAGGAACAUCAAGCGUAA